UCACCACCUGAUCUCUGGCCAAAAGACUAUGGUCCAACUUACAUUGAAAAAGGUUUGGACACUUAUGACUUUGUAGUUAUUGGAGCUGGAACUGCAGGUUCUGUGGUAGCAAGUCGACUAAGUGAGAAUCCAAAAUGGAAAGUCUUAGUUUGGAAGCUGGUGGUGAUCCACCAGUUGAAUCAAUGAUACCUGCUGUAUUUUUUGCGAUUCAACAUUCAAAGUAUACUUGGGAUUAUUACACUGAACCGGAUGGUAAAAGCUGUUUGGGUUAUAAGAAUCAAGUCUGUUACUGGCCAAGAGGGAAAAUGAUUGGUGGCAGUGGAGCUAUUAACGCUAUGUUGUAUGUUCGCGGUUUAAGUGAAGACUACGAUAAUUGGGAACGAAGUGGAAAUCCAAAUUGGGGUUGGAAAGAAGUUUUACAAGCUUUUGAAAAAUCUCUUCAGAGCAAUGGCUCGGAUUCAAAAGGUUCAGCCUGUGUCAAUGAUUUCGAUGUUCAUUAUCCUGAACUUCGAGAAAUGUUGUUUAGAGGAGCUGAAGAACUGGGUCUGCCUAGAAUUGAUGUAAAUAAAGAAAAUAUUGGAUAUACUACGAUAAAGGGAAGCAUUAAUAAAGGCACUCGAGGAAGUACUGGUAAAAGUUUUUUGGCAAAAGCCAAAGAUAGACCAAAUCUUCAUGUAAUUAAGCAUGCCAAAGUUACGAAGAUUAAUUUUGAUAAGAAGGGGGAACAAGUAACUGGAGUGACUUUUGUGUACAACGAUCAGCAAGAACUAUCAGUUAACAUCGGAAAUGAGGUCAUUCUCUCUGCUGGUGCUAUAGACUCUCCGAAAAUUCUAAUGCUCUCUGGAAUAGGUCCGGAAAAGCAUCUGAAUAGCAUUGGUAUUCCUGUUGUAAAAAAUUUAAGAGUCGGUGAUAAUCUUCAAGAUCACUUGAUGACUCCAUUGUUCUUCAAAGUAGAUGAAAGUAAAAUCAAAGCCGAGACAUUGAGAGAUCAACUCGAUGCAACUUACACGUACCUUCUUAAUCAAACAGGACCGUUAGCUGGUGUUGGAACUGUUCCCGUUACUGGUUUUUUGAAUUCUAACGAAAAUUCUUCCAGUUUAUAUCCUGAUAUUUUAUUUCACAACUUGUUUAAUCAACGUGGGACUUCAGCAUUAGAAAUUUACCUUCGAGUUCUAGAGGUAGAAGAUGAAAUAGCUGAGAGUAUUCUAAAAGAACAUCAAGACGGUCACAUACUAUUGGUGUUUGUUAAGCUUUUGAGACCCAAAUCGAUUGGAAAUAUUCGUUUACAAAGUUCGGAUCCAAAAGAUCCUCCGAAAAUGUUUGCAAAUUACUUGGAUCAUCCUGAUGAUGUGGAUACACUUCUGAGAGGUAUAAAAUUCCAAAUGAAUAUGGAAGAAACAGUUGCGUUUAAGGAACAAAAUGCAAAACUUAUACAGAUUAAUUUACCUGAAUGCGAUAAAUUUUUGUUUAAAAGUGACAACUAUUGGAAGUGUUAUAUGAAAUAUAUGUCAAAUACAGUUUAUCAUAUGGCAGGAACUGUUAAAAUGGGUCCUGAUACAGAUUCUACUGCUGUUUUAGACUGGAGAUUGAGAGUCAAAGGUGUUAAGGGAUUAAGAGUUGCUGAUGCCAGUAUUAUGCCAAAUAUUGUUAGUGGAAAUACAAAUGCUCCAACUAUGAUGAUUGCCGAAAGAGCUGCUGAGUUCGUUGCUGAAGAUUGGAAGAUAUUGAGUGAACAUACUGAAUUGUAGAUAAUGUUAGAAAUAUUGACUGAUCAUGAGUUUUUAUGUUUUUUAAUAUGUAAAUAAUUUUGAUGGAAGAUAAAAUAAAAAAAAUAUUGUUGUUUUAAAGUUAAAGACAAUGAUAAACUA